UGUUCCCAACGCCACAAACCAUCGUUCACCAUACAUGCCUUACCCAAUCAUUAACCUCUUUAUAACUACCCCAUUAAUACACCUCUUAACUAGUACUAAUAAGUAAAUCGACACCUUUAUAUUAAAACGAAAGGUGUGUCGUUAAGUAGAUGAGGUAACAAAAGUAAAAAUCGGGUCAGUUAUUAAAUCAGUGUCAAGUCGAAACGCAGUGAAACCCUGGUGUGAGCGUGGUCAGCCCUCACCUGCCUCGCCACUCUAGCAAGGUUUGGACACAACAAACGUGGUGUUCCGCAGCUCUCAGUGUUCAAUCUCAGUUUGGGGGAGGAUUUGUGGUUAUCAGUGGCCGUCGGUGUUGUUGUGACGUGUGUUGAGGUACUCAGGCCAGUAAAUGAUGUAUAAAGAGGCCAGAAAAGUGUUGGAAACUUACCGUACUUUAAGAGUAUUGGAGAUCCAGUGAAACGUUUAAUAUGACAUCCGGUUGCAAGACAUUGGUGUGUGUGUGUUCAACUCGAUGUGUACUUCAAGAGACGGUGGAAUGUAUUGUGUUAGUGAUCUGUGUAUGUUAGGUGGUAUAGAUGUAUGAAGUUGUGUAUUAAGUGUUAAAGUAUGUCGGGUGUUGGGGUGAAGUCUAUAACGGGACGGUGUGCAUACCAUCAACAAAAGCGUUUCCUCGUCCAGCUGACCCCGUGUGGACGAGUGGUAGUAGUAGUAGUAUCCCGUCACUACAUCCUCUACGACACACUACACAUGAAUUACAUCUCGUGAUUAUAAUAAACAUGGAAAUUCGCUUCGUAUAUAACCCACUAAAACUAUUGUAAACACCGCCUGGACGACCCGAGUGUUUGCCAGCAUGGACGACAUAAAGUGGUCUUGGUGGUGAAGUGUUUUACCUCGAACUUGUACACAAAAGGUAAGAGAAAAGAUGUUAGCACGAGGAAGUGAACGUAAUGCCUCUCUCUGCUCCUCCAACUCCACCUUCUACGUCAACCUGGUAGAGGAGGUUCCCCAGGACGUGUUCAUCGUCAGGACCGAGUACCUAGAUCACUCUGUCUUGGAGGAGGAGGAUGAGGACUUGUUGCUUGAGGACGAGACCGACUGUGGGGACACCCUUAGUGAGCUCAGUUGUUCCUUGUCUCAACAACUAGACGGCUAUGGCACAGAUACGUCAUAUGAGAAGGCGUGUGGUUCGGACAGGCGUGGGUCUGCUCCAGCCACGCCUAUACUGGGAGCGCGCCCGGCGGAUUCCACGCCCAACAGACUAGUGAACUUCUUCAGCAAGAGGUCAUUUAAGAGUAACCCGCUGAAGAGGACCAAGUCAGUGACCAAGUUAGAGCGGACCAAGCGAGGUGGUCGCGGAGGCGUGGGUGGCCUGCUGGAGCCUGACCCCCUCAGCUUGGGCUCUACAGCGCGCCUCAGGUCCUCACGGUCACACGAAUCCCUCUUAUCUAGUCACAACAUGAUGAACACACUCGACCUGGCUGCUGGCGAGGUGACCAUCAAACCACUGCAUGCCAGUAUUCUGGGCCAGGAGCAUUGCUUCCAGGUGACCUCCCCAACAGGCAUCCGUUACUUCAGCUGCAGAACUGCAGAUGAAAGAGACAGAUGGGUAGACUCCCUCCGCAAAGCUGUCAAUCCUAACUUUGACAGUAUACGGAGAACAGAGAACUCACUCAAAAUAUUCAUCCUGGAAGCAAAGGGUGUUGGCAAUAAGAAGAGGUACUUCUGUGAACUGCUCCUCGAUGCCUCCCUCUUUGCCCGUACGUCUAGCAAACAGAAGAGCGAGAUGUGUUUUUGGGGAGAGCAGUUUGAGUUUAAUAAUCUACCUUCUGUUGAGAAUAUUAGUGUUGCUCUAUACCGAGAAGGAGAGAAGAAGAGGAAGAAGGAAAAGAAUCUUCUGGUUGGGACAGUAAACAUACCCGUGGCCAAUGUGACAAGUCGAUGUCAUAUUGAGAAGUGGUACCAAGUACAAAAUGACAACAGGGCACCAAGUAAAGACAAUGCAGCUCUCAGAAUUAAGUGCAAAUUCCAGUCAAUUGAUAUCCUUCCAAUAGAACUGUAUACAGAUUUCCUCCAGUAUGUGAAGACAAACUAUGGUGUGAUAUGUGAGUUGCUGGAACCAGUCAUUAGUGUGAAAGCCAAAGAGGACAUUGCAACUGCACUGAUCCAUAUAAUGCAAAGAGAAGGCAUUGCACGGAAUUUCUUGUCCGACCUUGUCAUGAUGGAGAUUGAUAGAAUAGAUGAUUCUCAUCUGUUGUUCCGUGGUAAUUCCUUGGCAACAAAAUCCAUGGAAGCGUUCAUGAAGCUCGUAGGUGGCAAGUACUUGUUGGAUACAUUAAGGCAGGUCAUCAACAAAGUUGUAGAAGCUGGACUUGACUGUGAGGUUGAUCCAAUGAAGGUGCCACAGAUAUCUGUCCAAAAGCAGCAAGAAAACCUCUUGUCUAUUGUGCGGAUGACCUGGUCCCGAAUUCUUAAUUCACAUCCAUAUUUUCCAUUGGAACUCCGAGAAUGUUUCUGUAUGUAUCGGGAACGUUUAGCAAGUAUUGGGAAGCAAAACCUUAGUGACAACCUGAUUUCAGCAUCUAUUUUCUUACGAUUCCUGUGUCCUGCUAUCCUCUCUCCUUCACUUUUUAAUAUCACACAGGAGUACCCUGAUGAAAGGUCAUCCAGAAACCUCACCCUUAUUGCCAAAACCCUUCAGACACUAGCAAACUUCACAAAAUUCCAAGGCAAGGAAAACUUCAUGGAGUUUAUGAAUGAAUUUAUUGAAUUGGAGCAAGCUCAGAUGAAAUCAUUUUUGAAGCAGAUCUCAAGUCCAGCAUCCCAUGAUCACAGAGCACUAGAGUAUGACAAAGACAUUGACACUGGCAAAGAGUUGUCCUUGUUGCAUACCUUCCUUACUGAGGCUUUAGUAAAGUUAUCAACCUCCACUUCUAGAACCACCGUCAGUGUAUCUCAGCAACGGUACUUGGAUAAACUUAGUCAAAUCCUGGGAGAGAUAAGUGUUGCUCAAACUCAACCAAAUAUAAAUAUUGUGCAACGACUGUCAUCUCAUAGUACAUCAGAAACACCAUCCUCGGAUCCAACAUCUCCCCCUGAGAGUGGAAGAAUGGAAGAUAGACUUGGUUAUCAGAGUCUCCAGAGAAACAUUUUCCGAUACAAUGAUCCAACCGUCAGUGAAGAUUAUAAGCCUGUAGUUCCACCACCAAUAAAUCAUCUCCAGCCUCCUCCUCCAGACACACCAUCUACUCCACGCCCCUCCACUUUACCUAGAAAUACAUAUCUGAUGGGCUCAGCUCGAAAGCCAGCAGUCGACCUUAACACAGCUGAUGACUAUGUUCUGUUCUCUGCCUUAGAACCUGAUGGAAGGCCCAGAGAAGCCCAUCCUAUUGGUCAUAGCUACAGUUACAGUCACCUAGCCCCUGGCCCAGCUCUGAAUGCAUCUUCUCCAGUUCACAGUCAUCACCACCACUUCCAUAAUCACACUGCAUGGUUCAACAAUAGACAAGUUUUCAAUGGUCACCCACAAAUGAAUGGCCAUGGACAAAUUCAUCAAAAUGGCCAUAUGGUGUCCAAUGGAAAUCCAGAGGAACCUUUAGACAUGAGCCAUGAGGAAAAUGAUCGUAAUUCCACAGGAGAAACUGAAACAAACAUGAAAGGCUCGCAAACUUCAAUUUCCCAGUUGUCUAAUGUUGCAUCCUCAGGAUAUCAGAGUUUUGCAUACAGCCAGUCGUCUAGCCCAGUGGAUCCAUCAAUAACCCACCAUGAUGCUGCUAAUAAUAAUGCAGCAAUAAACAGUAGCGGCAGCAGCAACAACAGUGGUGGAAUGCAUGUAUCACCCCAUAUGACCCCACCACAACUAGCAGCGCCUUUGGCUUUUAACAAUCCCAUGUAUCAUCUUAAUGCUGCAACCAGCUCUCCCCGACCUGUCCCACAAUGUGGAGCUCGCAUAGCUCACCAUCAUCAUCAUCUUCACCAAAACCUUCAAUUACAGCAAAGUCCAGUCAGCUCCUCUCUCAGUUCUGCACAUAGUGUAGAGGACUUGCCAACUGCUCCAACAAUUGCUCCUAGCUUGCCCUCAACAUGUGGUCCCCAACGUACCCACUCCUCCUCUAGUGAAGAUAGUACAUCACUAGCAUGUACACCACCAUUAGAGCACAGGGCAUUUAAGUCUGGAGCUCCACGAACCAAUCCAAGGUGUGUACGUCCUGGUUGGAGUCAACCAGCAGUGGCACCUAGUACAGCUCCAGACCACCACCACUCUACAUCAGAUCUGCUGGGAGGGGGGGCACAGUGCCGAAGAACAAAAAUGAGUCGUCGCCAGUCAGCAGAGGUCGGCAAUGGGAGACGGCAGCGAUACCCAUACGACAGUGACUCUUCAAGUGAUGAGCAACAACCACCCCCUGCCCGUCUGCGUCCCCCACGCACAAAUCACCGAACGUCUGAGACCAAAACUCUUGAUGAGUAUGAGCAAGAAAUCCUUGCCCUUCGUACAGCCAUGGAAGAAAUGCACCACAAUUUGGUUACCCCUGAUGAACACUUACAGGCACAUCCUAGUGGCCCUGAAACGUCUUCUGAGGGAGUUCCAUCUGCCCUAGCCCAUGAUUCCCGUGCUCACCACCACUCUGCAAAUUUGAGCAGUAGUCCAGUUCAGCCAUCAGCUCACCAACAUAACCGGCACAAUCACCACAGUCCCCAGUACCCUCCUCCCCAGCAAGUGAUGGAUACAGAGGCCCAGGGAGCUCAGAUGAGAGAGCUGCUUCAAAAGCUACAAGAACAGUUUCGAAAGGAACAGAUGAAGAUGUCAGAACUGAUGUCAGAAAAGGAUGCAGUAAUUCAGAGACAGGAGGACAGAAUCAAUGCACUGGAUCGAACUAACACACAACUUCUUAUGGCUCUCGAGCAGAUCAGGGAGUUGUAAGUCAACCCACAACGCAGAGUUCCCAAGACUUCAUUAACUUACCCGAAGCUGAGAGAACAAAUAAACUCACAGCUCGGCCCUCAGGAAGUCAGUCAGUUGUCGGACACUAGUGACUACAAGAGUAGCUCCUGUUAACACCUGACAAACACAAAUUUUCAACCACUCUGUAGUGGAAGCUUUAUUUAAGGACUCCUUUAACAGUGAACACAUUUUUCAUAUCAAAGAUUAUCUGUCACGAGGCGAUGCCAGUACGUGACACGGUAAUGUUUUAAAGAAUAGUGUUUAAUACUGGUAUACAUAGAAGACAUUUUUGUAUCAGUCCACUGCUGAUAUUGAAUAAUGGUGAAUACUGUAAACAUGUCUCCUGAUAAUGAAUGUUCCCCAUUUUCCUCCAUAUCACAUGCUGCCUAAACUUGUGUAUGCUGUGUGGACCUUUCUAGUUUUUUAUUCAACCCUGUGCAUCAUCUAGUUUCAUAGAUUAUGUAGAAAAGUCAGUAAAGCUGUAAGCUGGUCAUAUAUUGUGUAUAUGUUGAAGUUAAUAAUUUGAAUAGCUUUUAUUGUCUAUAACUUUUCAGUCUGGCUUCAUUCAUCUUUCAUUUUAAUAACUGAAAGCAAAUAAGCCAAUUCAGAUACCAUCAAUAUUCGUAGGCCUUAGAGCAUGAUGUAAACCUUUUUUGUGAAGUAAUGCAGAAUCGGAUUAAAAGAGUAUGCUGGACCAGAACUGCAAUUAUGUAGGAGCUGGCUUACUAGUUUGUCAGUCAGGAUAUUAAAUUUGACAUGUGUAAAACACCUGUCAAAUUCUCCCAGCCUGGACUAACUAGUUUCUUGUCAACCAGUUAUUCAGGACCUGCAUGAUCCAGAUACUGGAGCAUUUCUUUGGUUUAUAUCAGUUACCAAGUCCCAUAGCCAAUGCUGCCUUACUGUUGGUAUUAUUACUUAACAUAGAUCACAGAGAAUGUAACCAAAAUUAAGAAAGCCAAUACGUAUAUUUAAAAGUAGAUAAACCCAAUAUUUCAUAUAACAAACAAACAAACAAACACAGCUGCUUCUAGUGUUUCCAGCUGUGUUUUCCACUUAGUGAUCUGUAUGUUGUUUCAUUCUGUGUGGUUACCCAUAUACAGUAUUGCCUUGCUCACUAUUUUCCUCUGCACAAAUAUCAUGCAAGGCUGAUACUUUCUGUUGAUAUGUCAACUUCAGCACCUCAAAUUCUCCCAUUAUUUGUUCUGUUGUCUGUACCUUUAUAAUAUAAUCAUUGCCUCUUUAUGAGAGGCAUCUCUAACCAAAGAUUCACAUUUAUAUGUUUGGAUAUAGAUAUAUAAUUUUUAUUGCUUGCAGUUCAACUAUGUCACACCAAGGGCUUUAAAAAUAAACAAAUAUUGAAAAUAUAUUUCAAGUCAGAAUGGCAAUCCAUUUAAGGCAUGGAAAGAGGCAGUACUUGGUAAUUACUGUUUGCAGUCACUGUCAUCUCAUGCCGUGAGUGUGUGCAUCAGCCCAUUCCAAAAAGUCUACUAGCUUUUUUGUUCUUGUAUAUGGCAGAUGUUCUCUAUUUGUUUCAGAGUGUAUUUAUUUGAUUUAGUAUUUGAAUUGCAGAAUACUGUACUUGUAUUCUGUAAAUGUAUAUAAUGUAAAUUUUAUAAAUUAUGUACACUGUUUGGUACCUGUUUCAUGAUCCUCAUGCACAUUAUGUUGUCUCAGUUAGACAUGACUUAGGUUAUCCUGUAAAUAAAAAGGUGUGAAAAAUAAAAUCUAUGUGCUAA